AUGACUGUCUGGUUGAUCUUCCUAAUAAGUAUUGAAGGACUCCUUUUGAUAGUGCCUGGUCUGAGUUUACAUAUUGAACCUGAAGAAGGCAGCCUUGCAGGGGGAACGUGGAUCACAGUCAUUUUUGAUGGUUUGGAGUUAGAUCUUCUUUAUCCCAGCAAUGGCUCUCAGCUGGAGAUAAACCUGGUGAAUAUGGUGGUGCCUGCACUGCCAGCCAUCCCCUGUGACAUCUCUCCUGUCUUCUUGGACUUGCCUGUGGUGGUGUGCCAGACCAGAUCUCUGUUGUCUGAAGCACAUGAGGGGUUGUACUACCUGGAUGUGCACUCUGGGGGACAGGUGGUAAGCAGCCAGAGCCUGGGACCAUGUGACAGCUGUACUUUCAAGUUUUCCAAGGCACAGACACCCAUUAUUUACCAAGUUAAUCCAGCAAGUGGAGUUCCAGGAGAACUAAUACAUGUGUAUGGCUGGUUUAUCACCGGAAGAUUGGAAACCUUUGAUUUUGAUGCUGAGUACAUUGAUAGCCCAUUGACCUUGGAAGCUCAAGGAGACCAGUGGUUCACUCCUUGCUCUCUUGUAAACAGCAAGACAGAAAGUCGCUAUCCUAUUCAGGAAGAGCAUGGCCUUGGGACUCUGCAGUGCCGUGUGGAGGGCAAUUACAUUGGUUCCCAGAACGUUAGCUUCUCAGUAUUUAAUAAAGGAAAGUCAAUGGUUCAUAAGAAUGCAUGGAUGAUCAGUGCCAAACAGGACCUUUUCCUGUACCAGACAUACUCAGAAAUACAAUCUGUGUUUCCAGAAACUGGGAGCCUUGGGGGAAGGACAGACAUCACAAUUACAGGAGACUUCUUUGGCAGCCCUGCCCAGGUGACCAUUGCAGACAUUCCAUGCGACAUUAGACAUGUGUCUCCCAGGAAGAUCGAGUGCACCACGAGGUCUCCAGGAAAAGGUGCAAGGCUCACUGCUCCUCAGGCAGGCAACAGAGGGCUUCUUUUUGAAGUUGGAGAUGCUGCUGAGGGCUUGGACCUAACUGAAGCCACCCCUGGGUACAGGUGGCAGAUUGUCCCUAGUGCUAGUUCUCCAUUUGGAUUUUGGUCAAAGGAAGGGCAACCUUUCAGAGCACGGCUCAGUGGGUUCUUUGUGGCCCCAGAGACAAAUAAUUACACUUUUUGGAUCCAGGCAGACAGCCAAGCUUUCCUGCAUUUCAGUUGGUCAGAAGAUCCAAGGACCAAGGUGGAAGUGGCCUCCAUCAGGGUUGGUACUGCUGACUGGUUUGACUCCUGGGAGCAGAAUGGGAAUGAAGGGACCUGGCACCGGAAGACCCCCAAAUUGGAGCUAUUAGGUGGAGUCAGGUACUACCUGGAAGCAGAGCAUCAUGGGAUUGCUCCCAGCAGGGGGAUGAGAAUUGGUGUCCAGAUUCACAACACCUGGCUGAAUCCUGAUGUGGUCAGCACCUACCUCCGGGAGAAGCACCAGAUCCGAGCCCAUGCUCAGAGGCUUCCUGAAAUACAGAUGCUGAAUGUGUCUGGCAGAGGGAACUUCUUCCUUACUUGGGGCAAUGUCUCUAGCCAGCCAAUCCCUGCAAAUGCCACAGCCCAUCAGAUUCAAACAGCCAUAGAGGAGUUACUUGCAGUAAAAUGCAAACUGGAACCACUUUCAGCUAACAUCCUUCUCCGGCUUGGAUUUGAACAAGGCCCACAAGGUUCCAGCUCUGAUGGGGACCACACCAGUGCAACAGAGCCCUUCUGUGGAAGGUUCAGCCUCCAUCAGCCUCGACACCUUGUCCUGACACCCCGCGCUGGCCAGAAGGGCUAUCAGCUAGACCAGUACGCACAUCUGUGCUUUGCACACAAAGGCUUCAUGAAUGGCAUCCUGAAGAUGAUCCUGACCUUCACAAGUGACCUUCAAAGCAUCGUAAAGAACAUUACCUGUGACUGGAGUCCCGUGGAGACCAGGCCUGAGAGCUGGCACUUCACCUGUACCAACCUCUGGGAGACUUGUGUGCAUCCCUCUGGAUAUCUACAGCCUCUUCCAGCAAACUCCUCAGUGCUGCUUCAUCGGAUAGACCUCCUUCCUCUGGCUCAGGACAUGGGCCUGUUCUAUGUGGAUGAAAUCAUUAUCACAGACACAAACGUAACAGUUUCUCAGGCUGACUCUGGCACAGCUCGCCCAGGUGGGAAUCUGGUGGAAUCACUCUCCGUGGUGGGAUCCUUUCCAGUCUACAACGUAACUUUCUGGUCGGCAGGGUGUGGCGUGGAGCUCCCACUCAUCUCUGCACGCUCGUUGCAGGCUGAAGGAACAGAAGAAGGUUCCAAAUUGGUCCAGGAGACAACACAGCGACUACAGAGGACAAGUCCACCCUUAGGAGGACACUUUCGGAUUCAGCUUUCAAAUACAGUGAUACCUGAUGUCCCUGUGCACAUUUCUCCGGGCCAUCUUCGCAAACUCUUGCAGAGCAGUGCUGAUGACUUCACAUCCAUGUACCUCAAUGUCAGUGAUUUGACGGUGAAAGAAGAUCUAAGCUCUUGCUACGAACAUGUGUGGACACUCUCCUGGUCCACCCAGAUUGGGGAUUUGCCCAUUUUCAUCAAGGUCUCUGAUGAAAAUCUAACUGGAGUGAGCCCUGCUGUAACUACUCGUGUGCUAUAUGAUGGUGGAGUAUUUCUUGGCCCCAUAUUUGGAGACAUGUUGGUGACUGCCAACCAGCGCACUCAGGUGGCUGUGCGAGUGAAUGAUAUACCAGCUUAUUGCUCAGGUUCCUGUUCUUUUCAGUACCUCCGAGGCUCAACUCCCCAGGUUCAUUCUGCAUGGUAUUCUCAUGACAAUGACAUCAACCUACUGGUUCAUAUAAUUGGAACUGGUUUCUCUGGUGACUCCCAGGCCUUGCAGGUUACGGUGAACAAAACAAGUUGUGAAGUUAUUUUCUCAAACUUAACGUAUGUGGUCUGUCAGAUGGGCGUGCUAUCAGUUGGAGAGCACCGUGUCUCGAUGUUGGUGAGACCCUCUGGUCUUGCUGUCAACGCCAGCGGAGAAGGCCUCUUCUUACGUGUGGAGCCCAGGCUGGAUGCUGUGGAGCCUUCCAAAGCUGCAGAGAUUGGGGGUCUCUGGGCCACCAUCCGAGGUUCUGGUUUGGAAGGUGUUAGCCUGGUGUUAUUUGGGUCUCAAUCUUGUGCCAUUGAUGUCAACGUAAGCAAUUCACAAAGGAUUCAAUGUAAGGUUCCACCCAGGGGAAAAGAUGGAUCCAUUGUGAAUGUGACUGUGAUCAGAGAGGACCAUUCCGCAGUUCUUCCCGCAGCAUUUACAUACGUCUCCUCUUUAAAUCCGGUGAUCGUGUCUCUAAGCAGGAACAGAAGCAACUUAGCAGGAGGUGACACCCUUUUCAUUGGAAUGACGCUGCUGCAGAACUACACAGAGUUGGAUGUGGAAGUCCAUAUUCAGGACACCUGGGCUCGACUUCAUGCGCAGACGGCUCAGGGCCUGGAGGUGGUACUGCCCCCCAUGGCGGCUGGCCUCCACAGAAUUUCAGUUUCCAUCAAUGGGCUCAGCAUUCACUCACAAGGGGUUGAUCUCCAUAUCCAGUAUCUCACAGAAGUUUUUGACAUAGAGCCUUGCUGCGGAUCCCUUCUAGGUGGAACCAUCCUCAACAUUUCAGGAAUAGGGUUCAGCCAGGACCCAGCCUUGCUUUGGGUAGCUGUGGGCAAUCGGUCCUGUGACAUCAUGAACUUGACAGAGGAGAACAUCUGGUGUGAGACUUCACCAGCCUCUCUGCUGCCUGGUAUGGACAUGCUUGCUAUCCCGGCCCGGGUGCAGGUGUGGGUCGGCAACGUGUCCUUCCCCCACAGAGAGUAUACCUUCCUGUAUGAAGGAACAGCAACACCUGUGGUCACCGCCCUGAGAGCAGAAACCACGAGUAGCAGCCUGUGGUUCUUUGUGGAAGGAAAUAGCAUCUCCAACUCCGUGAUUCUUCUGGGGAGCUUGCACUGUGACCUUGAGGCACGGUCUUUCAGGAGCAACAUGAGCCAGUCUGGGUGCUCCUUUCCUCUUCACAGUUUGGAGGCGGGCGUCUAUCCUCUCCAAGUCCGUCAGAAGCAGAUGGGAUUUGCCAAUAUGUCUGUGGUGCCACAGCGAUUUGUGUUGGCACCUCAGAUAAUUGCCAUCUUCCCUACACAAGGUUCUACUUGUGGUGGGACAGUACUCACUGUGAGGGGCCUGAUGCUCAGCUCUAGAAGGAGGUCAGUUCAGGUUGGGCUCUCAGGCCCUUUUACUUGUGCCAUUUUGAGUUUGAGUGACCAGACAAUCCUCUGCCAGGUUAACCUGGUGGGUGACCCCUUGCCUGAAGCUUUCUUCGCCAUGAAUGUCACAGUCCUGGUCAAUGGGCUAACCAGCGAGUGUCAAGGGAACUGUAGUCUUUUUAUUCAGGAAGAGACAACUCCUGCUGUGGAUGCCUUGACCACUAACGUCAGUGGGUCUCUGACCACUGUGCUGAUUAAGGGGCAGAGGUUUGGCACCACAGUAAAUGAGCUUGUGGUCUUUGUGGAUGAUUAUACUCCUUGUAGUGUAACUUUCUUUAAUGCAAGCCAUGUGGCAUGCCAGGUUAGUGACCUGAACCCAGGUCUGCACUAUCUGUCAGUGGUUCAUAAGAGAAAUGGGUAUGCUUGUUUGAGAAAUGUUUCCAGACACUUCUACAUUUUUCCUCAAGUGUUUCAUUACUUCCCUAAGACCUUCGGCUUACACGGUGGGGGCCUCUUGACCAUGGAGGGUGCGGCCCUGAAAGGACAGAACGCUACAUCAGUCCACGUUGGCCAACAGGCCUGCCUUUCAGUGAACAUCAGCGCUAAGCUCAUCCAGUGCAUUGUCCCUGCAGGCAAUGGCUCCUUUGCCCUGGAAUUAGAGGUAGAUGGACAUUUGUACCACAUGGGAGUCAUCGGUUACAGCAAGGCCUUCACCCCAGAAUUGCUCUCUAUUUCUCAGACGGAUGACGUCCUAACCUUUGCAGUGGACCGGAUCACAGGAGCUGUGCAUGUUAAGAUAUUUAUCGGGAUGUCACCCUGUGUGGGUGUCUCUGGGAACCACACUGUUCUCCAGUGCAUUGUCUCCUCCCUUCCUGCUGGGGAGUACCCAAUAAGAGGUUAUGACCGCAUGAGAGGGUGGGCUUCUUCUGUUCUGGUGUUCACAUCGGGGGUCACUGUUACUGCAGUGACUGAGAACUUUGGCUGCCUGGGUGGAAGGCUUGUGCAUGUGUUUGGAGCAGGAUUUUCUCCAGGGAACAUCUCAGCUGCUGUGUGUGGUGCUCCCUGCCAAGUCUUGGAUAAUGCUACAGUGUCUGCCUUCAGCUGCUUGGUUCUACCACUGGAUGUGUCCUUGGCUUUCUUGUGUGACCUGAAGUCUGAGGAGGAGGGCUGUGAAGCCUCCAGCCACACCUAUGUGCAGUGCGAUUUGACUGUCACCAUGGGCACAGAGAGACUGCCCAAAUCAUGGCCUUACCUCUACAUUUGUGAAGAAUGUUCUCAGUGCCUCUUUGAGCCAGAUCAUAGGACAGAGUCAAACUUUCCAUCGUUCUCAGGCCUCUUCAUCAGCCCUAAAGUGGAAAGAGAUGAAGUUCUCAUCUAUAAUAGCUCCUGUAACAUUGCCAUGGAAACUGAGGCAGAGAUGGAGUGUGAGACGCCUAAUCAGCCAAUUACCGCCAAGAUUACUGAGAUAUGGAAAAGCCGGGGCCAGAACACUCAGGGCAACUUUUCCUUCCAGUUCUGCCAGAGAUGGUCGAAGGCUCACAGCUGGUUUCCUGAAAGAGUGCCACAAGAUGGCGACAACGUCACAGUGGAGAGUGGCCAGUUGCUACUGCUGGACACCAACACGAGCAUCCUCAACUUGCUGCACGUUAAAGGAGGCAAGCUGAUUUUCAUGGAUUCAGGACCCAUCGAGCUCAGGGCCCACUCCAUCCUUGUGUCUCAUGGUGGAGAACUCCAGAUUGGAUCCGAGGACAAGCCCUUCCAAAGCAAAGCUCAGAUAAAACUCUACGGGAGUGCCCGCUCCACCCCCUUCUUUCCAUAUGGAAUCAAGUUCCUGGCUGUGAGGAAUGGAACUCUUUCCCUUCAUGGUCGGCUACCAGAAGUAAUGGUCACCCAUCUUCGAGCAGCUGCCCAUGCCUGGGACACAGUGCUGGCUCUAGAAGAUGCUGUGGACUGGCACCCUGGCGAUGAAGUUGUCAUCAUCAGUGGUAUAGGUGUCGAAGGUGCCAAACCAAUGGAAGAGAUUGUCAUUGUGGAAACUGUGCACAAUGCAGACCUCCAUCUUCGGUCACCCUUGAGAUAUUCUUAUGACUACACAGAGAAUUGGGUGGCUGGAGAGCACCUUGUUUUCAAGGCCACAGUGGCCUUGCUCAGCAGGAGUAUUACCAUUCAAGGAAAUCUCACUGAGGAGAGAAUGAGACACCUUGCUUCAUGCCAGGGGACCAGUGUUUCAGAAGGUAAUUCACAGGACUGUUUGUAUUCCAAGAGUGAGAAGAUGCUGGGAUCCAGGGACCUGGGGGCCAGAGUCAUCAUCCAGUCCUUCUCAGAGGAACCCAGCCAGGUCCAGCUGAAGGGAGUACAGUUCCGGUACUUGGGACGAGCCUUCCAGAAGCAUCUGAGCUCAUUGACUCUGGUGGGGGCUAUGAAAAAUUCCUAUGUACAGGGCUGUUCAGUGUGGAACUCCUUCAGCAGAGGCCUCAGCAUGUGUGGGACCUUGGGCUUGAAAGUGGACAGUAAUGUAUUCUACAAUAUUUUAGGCCAUGCACUGAUGGUGGGGACAUGCAUGGAGAUGGGAUACAUCUCUUGGGAGACUAUUCUUAGAAGAAAAAAUGACUGGUCAGAACAGGGAAAUACAAUAAGAAACAAUGUGAUCAUCAGUGUUUCUGGUGCUGAGGGCCUCUCCAAUCCUGAAAUGUUGACAUCAUCUGGUAUCUAUAUCCGCAAUCCCACCAAUAUCGUGGAGGGGAACAGGGUGUGUGCUGCUGGUUUUGGCUACUUUUUUCAUCUUGUGACCAGCAAAACAUCACAGGCUCCACUUCUCUCCUUUACCCAGAACAUUGCACAUUCUUGUACAAGGUAUGGCCUCUUCGUAUACCCUAAAUUCCAGCCACCAUGGGAUAAUAGCACUGGCCCUACCCUGUUCCAAAACUUCACAGUUUGGGGAAGUGCAGGUGGUACCCAGAUUUUUAGAAAUAGCAAUCUUCACCUAAAAAACUUCCAAGUUUACUGGUGCAGAGAUUUUGGAAUUGACAUCUUGGAAAGUGAUGCAAAUACUUCAGUUACUGACAGCUUAUUACUUGGUCAUUUUGCCCACAAGGGAAGCCUGUGUAUGUCAGCUGGGAUUAAAACUCCCAAGAGAUGGGAGCUGAUGGUAUCAAACACAACCUUUGUUAAUUUUGAUCUCACUGACUGUGUGGCCAUCAGGACGUGUUCGGGCUGUUCCCGAGGACAAGGUGGAUUUACUGUGAAGGCCAAACAGUUAAAGUUUUUAAACUCUCCAAAUUUGGUAGCAUUUCCAUUUCCUCAUUCAGCAAUUUUGGAAGACUUGGAUGGGUCUCUGUCUGGGAAAAAUAGAAGUCACAUUCUUGCUUCUAUGGAAACUCUUCCAGCUUCUUGUUUGGUCAAUGCAAGCUUCAGUCAGAUGGUCCAUGGCAGUGUCUGUGGGGAAGGUGUACUCUUUCAUCGUAUGUCUAUUGGCUUAACUAAUGCACCAGAUGUUUCUUAUGAUUUAACUCUGACUGACAGCAGAAAUCAGACAACCACUGUCAGUUACGUACGUGACACGUUGUCAAACCCACAUGGCUGGAUGGCUCUCCUCUUGGACCAAGAGACCUACACUUUGCGAUUUGAGACCCCUUGGAUCAGCAGACCUCUGCAGUUCUCGGCGACAUUUGAUAACUUUGCUCCUGGGAAUCACCUCCUGCUGGUGCACACAGACCUGCCACCAUACCCUGAAAUCCUCGUAAGGUGCGGGAGUCAGGUGGGCCAGCCCCUUUCCUCUCUUCCAUCACCUGAUCAGGACCAAAGCUGUGACUGGUUCUUCGAUAGUCAUUUGAGGCAACUCACCUAUCUUGUUUCAGGCGAAGGCCAAGUUCAAGUAACUCUCCAGGUGAAGGAAGGUGUUCCCCCAACUAUUUCAGUUUCUACCUCUGCACCUGAAUCAGUUUUAAGAUGGUCCCACCCUGAAACCUGGCAAGGGGUUGAAGAAGGCUGGGGAGGAUACAAUAAUACCAUUCCAGGCCCUGGGGAUGAUGUCUUGAUUUUACCCAACAGAACUGUCCUUGUGGAUAUAGAUCUUCCACUCCUCAAAGGCCUCUAUGUGAAGGGGACUUUAGAAUUCCCUGUGGACAGAAGCAACGUUCUGAGUGUGGCAUGCAUAGUCAUUGCAGGCGGGGAGCUGAAAGUCGGUACUUUAGACAAUCCAUUAAAAAAAGAACAAAAGCUUCAGAUCUUCCUUCGAGCUUCAGAGGAAGUCUUUUGUGACCGUUUCAGUGGAAUUCAUAUUGACCCAGGAACAAUUGGGGUUUAUGGAAAAGUUCAGCUUCACAGUGCUUAUCCUAAGAAAUCCUGGACACAUCUUGGAGCGGAUAUGGCCUCAGGAAAUGAGAGAAUUAUAGUAAAGGAUGCAGUAGAUUGGCAACCCCAUGAUAAAAUCGUCCUUAGUUCCUCCUCUUAUGAACCUCAUGAAGCGGAGGUCCUCACUGUGAAAGAAGUCAUGGGCCACCACAUUAGGAUCCAGGAACCUCUCAAAUACCGGCACAUUGGAAGUGUCCAUAUCGUGGAGCAUGGCCAAUAUGUUCCUUUGGCUGCUGAGGUAGGACUAUUGACUCGAAAUAUACAGAUCCAGUCUGAUAUAUCAUGUAGAGGGAGACUACUUGUGGGGCCCUUUAGGAAGCCCAGCAGAGAAGAAUUUUCAGGAGUCCUUCAACUUUUAAAUGUGGAAAUUCAGAACUUUGGGUCGCCACAGUACUCAUCCAUUGAAUUCACUAACGUGUCGGUGGGAUCCUGGAUGAUAUCUUCUACAGUGCACAAGAGCUGCGGUGGGGGCAUUCAUGCAGCUGCCAGCAAUGGCAUUAUUUUGAACAACAACAUAGUGUUUGGCACAGCUGGCCAUGGCAUUGAUUUGGAGGGUCAGGCCUGUUCUGUCACUAAUAACCUUGUGGUACUGACAACACAGUCAGCGUGGUCCACCGUUUGGGUAGCAGGAAUCAAAGUGAAUCAGGCAAAGGACAUCAGCCUCUGUGGCAAUGUGGUGGCAGGUUCUGAGAGGAUUGGCUUUCACAUCCGAGGCCACAGGUGUUCCCUUCAUGAAACACUUUGGUCUGACAAUGUGGCUCAUUCAAGCCUUCAUGGCCUUCAUCUCUAUAAGGAAAAUGGACUGGACAACUGUACAAAAAUCUCUGGCUUUCUGGCUUUCAAGAACUUUGAUUAUGGUGCCAUGCUACAUGUAGAGAACAGUGUGGAGAUAGAGAACAUCACUCUGGUAGACAAUGCUGUUGGUCUUUUGACAGUGGUGUAUAUGUCUUCUGCUCCACAGAGCUCCAUUGAAAAUAUACAGAUUGUGCUUAGGAAUUCUGUUAUUGUGGCCACUAGCUCCUCUUUUGACUGCAUUCAGGACAGAGUUAAGCCUCGCUCAGCCAACUUGACAUCAACAAAUCAUGCUCCUUCCAAUCCAAGAGGGGGUCGAAUUGGUAUUUUGUGGCCUGGAUUCACCUUAGAACCAAACCAGUGGCCUCAGGAACCGUGGCACAGAGUGAGGAACAGCCAUUCAAUUCCAGGAAUCAUGAAACUUCAAGGUGUCACCUUUUCUAGUUUUGUGAAGAGUUGCUACAGUGAUGAUGUAGAUGUCUGUAUUCUGGCAAAUCCAGAGAACACUGGAGUCAUGCACCCAAUUACGGCAGAGAGGACCAGGAUGCUAAAGAUCAAAGAUAAAAACAAGUUCUACUUUCCUCCAUCACAACCCAGGACAGAUUUAGAAACAGUGGUCUGCCCUGAAUGGAAUUGUGAAAGUCCGAGGAAAUAUCUCUUCAAGGAUCUGGAUGGGAGAGCCCUGAAUCUGCCUCCACCAGUUUCUGUAUUUCCUAAAACAGAGGCAGAAUGGACUGACUCUUUCUUCAACACAGGUACAUUUAGGGAAGAACAGAAAUGCACGUACCAACCACUGAUGCAAGGCUACAUCUGUAAACAGACUGACCAAGUGGUCCUAAUUCUUGACAAUGCUGAUGCCGGUUGGGUGAUCGGGAAGUUAUAUCCAGUUGUAUCUGUGACUGGUGGUUUUGUGGAUACCUUUAGUAGUGUGAAUGCCCACACUGUCUGCUCUACAUCAGGGUCCGUGUCUACUUUCUAUUCCAUUUUACCCACCAGGCAAAUCACCAAGAUCUGCUUUGUGGAUGAGACUCCUCAAGUUUUGCGUUUUUUUCUUUUGGGGAAUGAAAGCACCUCCAAGUUUCUCUUGGCUGUAUUCUACCAUGAACUCCAGAGACCCCAUGUUUUCAUAAGGGAACGUUUCAUUCCACCUACUCUGGUUCAUUCAGCUUCUUCACUGCUGGAUGAGUCUGUUGGUGCUAACCACUUCAGCAUCAUGGAUAACCUCUUGUAUGUUGUCCUACAAGGAAAGGAACCUAUUGAAAUACGCUCAGGUGUUUCCAUUCAUUUGGCUUUCACCGUGAUGUUUUCAGUCGUGGAAAAAGAAUGGGAAACAGUGAUCCUUCAAAGACUAACUGACUUCUUACAGAUUGGCCAAGACCAAAUUAGAAUUAUUCAUGAGAUGCCUGGCAAUGAAGAGACCAUAAGGGCCAUUGCUGAUAGUAGGGCAAAAAGAAUACGCAAUUGCCCAACUGUCACUUGUGCCAGUCAUUAUAGAAGAGUUAGUCAACGUAGACCUCUCAUGAUACAGACGAGCUCAUAUAGAGUCGAACCAACAACCACUGUGGAGACUAUCUCAAAAGUGAUAGUCAUUGAAAUUGGCGAUUUGCCAAUAGUAAGGAACACUGGGCUGACUCCAUCCCUAUCAAGUAACAAAUUACAGAAUUUGGUUCACCAGCUUAUUACUGCUCAACAGACUGGAGUGCUAGAAAGUGUCCUGAAUGUGACUAUUGGGACCUUAAUGGUGACUCAGUCGAAGGGAGUCAUUGGCUAUGGAAAUACAAGCAGUGUCAAAACUGGGAACUUGAUAUAUAUUCGGCCCUACGUUCUUUCAGUCCUAGUCCAGCCUUCAGAUGGAGAGGUGGGAAAAGAGCUUCCUGUACAACCGCAGCUUGUUUUUCUGGAUGAGCAGAAUCGGAGAGUGGAGACCCUCGGGGCUCCCUCAGAGCCUUGGCUCAUUUCAGCUUUCCUGGAAGGGACAGCAGAUUCAGUACUGAAAGGGUGUACACAGGCAGAAACUCAAGAUGGUUAUGUGAGCUUCUCCAAUUUGGCUAUCUUGAUCACUGGAUCAAACUGGCAUUUUAUUUUUACUGUCACUUCCCCACCAGGAGUCAAUUUUACAGCUCGGUCCAGAUCAUUUGCUGUCUUGCCUGGGGCUGGGCCCGAGAGGUCGGCUGUCAUCCUGGCUGCUUCCCUGUGCUCAGCGGUCUCAUGGCUGGCUCUGUGCUGUCUGGUGUGCUGUUGGUUUAAGAAAAGUAAAAGCAAAAAAACAAAAACUGAAGAGAUUUCUGAAUACCAGACUAACGAUCAAAGGAACCAUAUUCACGUCUCAUCCAAACAUCAGGCAUCACAAGUAGAGACUGAACAAGAAGGCUCUGUGAUGGGAGAAGAUUUGAGGAUGAAGGUCAUGCUGGGCAAGCCGAACCCCCAGCUCCCUCACCAGUCACUGAAUGGAGUGUCCAGAAGGAAGAUUACCCCCCGUGCUGCCCGGGAGGAGGGCAGCGGCCAAGAAGAGGCCACUGUGUCUGCUCCUGGUAUUGUCAGCAUCACAUCCCAGGGACACACCUGCCCUCCAGGCUCUCCCGCUCAGCAGGUGUACCUGCAGGAGACCAGAAAGUGGAAGGAGGCCCAGGAGCAGUUGCUUAGAUACCAGCUGGCAGGACAAGAUCAGCGGAUGAUGCUCUGCCCAGACCUGAGACAAGAGAGACAGCAUUUGCAGGGUCAGAGUUGGCUGAGUAAGGACAGUGGCAGUGUGAGACUUUCCCAAGAGAAGAAAUCCUCCUGUGGUGCCAGUGAGGCAUUUGGCUUUCAUUCAGUACAUCCAGAGGCUAUUCAGGAACAGCUGUGAUUAGGGAAUGGUAUAGGCAUUUGUCUAGUAGGCUAGAAGUUCAGAUUCAGGGUGUCAGCUCCAGGCGAAGGCUUUCUCUGUCUGUCAACUCUGGAGGAAGGUCCUUGUCAUCAGUCUUCCCCUGGACUAGGAGCUUCUCUGUGCAGAACCCCCAGGUCUAAAGGAUGUGCUCUGCUCCUGGUGCUGCUUUCUUGGUGGCAUGAGG